CUCACAGCUUCGACACCAUCUCCCUUCUUCUUCUUCUUCCACCUUCCAAUUUCCAGAGUCAUUGCUGGUAGCUACCUAAUCGACACACCUGAGACGUGCAAUGGCGAUCCCUGUCAUCGACUUCUCCAGGCUUGAUGGCGACGAGAGGGCGGCUGCCCUGGCGGAGAUCGCCGCCGGGUUCGAGGAGUGGGGGUUCUUCCAGCUGGUGAACACUGGCAUCCCUGACGAGCUGCUGGAGAGGGUGAAGAAGGUGUGCACCGACUGCUACAAGCUGCGCGAGGAGGGGUUCAACAGGUCCAACCCCGCGGUCAAGGCCCUGGCGGCCCUGGUGGAGCAGGAAGGCGAGGGCCUCGCCCCAAGGAAGGUCGAAGGCAUGGAUUGGGAGGAUGUCUUCACCCUCCACGACGACCUGCCAUGGCCCUCCAUCCCUCCAACCUUCAAGGAGACGAUGAUGGAGUACAGGACGGAGCUGAAGAAGCUGGCGGAGAAGAUGCUGGGCGUCAUGGAGGAGCUUCUGGGGCUGGAGGAAGGGCAAAUCACCAAGGUCUUCUCCAAGGACGGCGACUUCGAGCCUUUCUACGGCACCAAGGUGAGCCACUACCCGCCGUGCCCGCGCCCGGAGAUGGUGGACGGGCUGCGCGCCCACACCGACGCCGGCGGCCUCAUCCUUCUCUUCCAGGACGACCGCGUCGGCGGGCUGCAGGUGCUCGGCCGCGAUGGCCGCUGGGCCGACGUCCAGCCCGUGGAGAACGCCAUCGUCAUCAACACCGGCGACCAGAUUGAGGUGAUGAGCAAUGGCCGGUACAAGAGCGCGUGGCACCGCGUCCUGGCCACCCGCGACGGCAACCGUCGCUCCAUUGCCUCCUUCUACAACCCGGCGCGCGCUGCCACCAUCGCGCCGGCGAUCCCGGCCGCCGCCGACUCCGGCGACUACCCGAGCUUCUCGUUCGGGGACUACAUGGAGGUGUACAUCAAGCAGAAGUUCCAGGACAAGGAGCCCAGGUUCGCAGCGGCUGCGGCGACCAAAAAUAUGGUGGACUGAUCAGCCUGAGCCAGCAACCAAAAAUGGCUGCACCUGCAAAGCUUCAGCUACUUCUUCCUCCACUUGCUCUCUUAAUUAAGUUACUCGGUUAAGUGUGCAAUUACAAUACAGAUUGGUACGAUAAAUAGGUUGUUAAGUACAGAUGUAUCGGUGCCGUUCGGCGGUCUCACAGCCAUACAUGCAAAUAUAUGGUGGCAUAUGAGAUUGUCAGAAUGUGCUGUGGUCAGGAGAUGCCGGAGUGAUUUGUAGCUUGGAACGGCAUCUCUCUAUGGGUUUCAAAUAUUUUCUUCUGUUUGGGUGUGAGGUAUGUCCGUGUGGUUUGUAAAUGUACAUUAGUGGGAGAUGUGAGGACUGUGGAAAAGUCCUGUGAAUGGAAUAUAUAUUGAUGGGUUGCUUA